AUGUCUCCCCGACGCGCCGCGGCGAAACACGCCGAGACGGAGACGGUCGACGCGACGCCCGAGGCGAUGGAAAAUCCCGCGGAGGAGGUGGUUGCCGAGCAAAGUGCAAGCGGCGACCCGACGAAGGCCGAGACGGUCGACGGCUCCGCCGAGGUAGCGAAGCAGGGGACGAAGCGCAAGGCUGAGGCUGGAGCGAGGAUGGACGAUCCCUCUCCCAAGAACGAGCCCACCGGCUCGCCCGAGUAUAACCGCGAGGAUGAAAUGGGCGGCAGCAAGAGCCGCGUCUGCCGCGUCGACGGGUGCGACGUCGUCUUCAGCACCGCGCAUGAGUGCAGGGCGCGCGCGUGUCAGAAGCACUGCUCCGCACUUUUCGUGCGGCUCAAGGGCGCGAGACCCGACGAGCAGUUCCGCUUCUGUUACCAGUGCCACAAGUUCCACCCGCUGGACAACUUCCGCGGGCCCGACGGCACGCUCCUCGCGCGGCACAACUGCUCGCAGUCGCAGGUGCAGAGGCUGGAGCGCCGAAAGAGGAAAGAUGCGCUCAAGGCAUCGAAGAAGAUGGCAGAGGCUCUCGGCCUGAACCACCCCGCGCAGAUCGAGGCGGUGAAUCUCAUAGGCGCCAGCAACGUGGGCCAGCUCCUCCUGGCCAACCAGCUCGUCAUGCAUGAGCGGCUCCUCGCCGCCAUCGGCGCCGGAGGGGGAGCCGCGCAGGGCUUGGGAGCCGCGCAGGGCUUGGGAGCCGCGCAGGGAUUGGGAGCCGCGCAGGGAUUGGGAGCCGCGCAGGGAUUGGGAGCCGCGCAGGGAUUGGGAGCCGCGCAGGGCUUGGGAGCCGCGCAGGGCUUGGGAGCCGCGCAGGGCUUGGGAGCCGCGCAGGGCUUGGGAGCCGCGCAGGGCUUGGGAGCCGCGCAGGGCUUGGGAGCCGCGCAGGGCUUGGGAGCCGCGCAGGGAUCGGGAGCCGCGCAGGGAUUGGGAGCCGCGCAGGGAUUGGGAGCCCUCCAGGCUUUGAUCGGGGCGCAGGGCGUGGGCGCGGCGGGAUCCGCGCAGGCGAACGCGCUGAACCAGCAGCUCGGCAAGCAGCAACUCCCGCAGCAGUUGGAGGCGCUCGCGGCACUCCGCCAGCGCGAGCAGCUCGCGAUGCUCAACCAGGCGGCCGGCGUCAAAGGAUUGGCGGGGACGCAGCUCAGCGGCCUCGGGCCCGCCGUCGCAAACGGGGGUCUCCACGGUGGCGCCGGCGUGAGCGCCAUGCUAGACGCGGCGGUGAGGCAGGAGAAGCUGAACAUGCUGUCGGCGACCAUGGCGAACAUGGUACCGAGUCCUGCCGUGGGUCCCGCCGCGGCCUCGGGGCUGCAGGGGCUGCAGGGGCUGCAGGGCGCGGCCGCGGGGCUGCAGGGGCUGCAGGGCGCGGCCGCGGGGCUGCAGGGGCUGCAGGGCGCGGCCGCGGGGCUGCAGGGCGCGGCCGCGGGGCUGCUGUGGCUGCAGGGCGCGGCCGCCAACGCCCCCGGUGCGAAUCUGAACGGGGAUAUUCUCAAGAGUUUGAUGGGACAACUGGGCCACAACGGGCAGAACCAACCGCAGUGA